UAAGGGGGAGAGGCGUUGCUAUGGCGGUCGGUGAGGCGCGUAACCUGAAUUUUACAGCUACAUCGGCAGUUGGCAGGCUGUGAUGUGUGUAUCAUUCCUUGCUUGCCCUGGUUGAGGAUUAAUGGGAUAAAGGAGCGUUUAUCCUUUACAAAAACAAAGUUGUGCACAGUUAAUACAGCCGGUUUGUUCGGUAACAAACGUUACGCUGCACUGUAAAUAUUUAACUGCUAGAGGAUCAAUACUAUGGCGUUUAUGCAGGAUGAUCCAUCACUAGAGAGACAUUUCAAAGGCCACAGAGACACCGUUACAAGUGUUGAUUUCAAUCCCAACAUGAAACAAAUAGCUACUGGUUCUAUGGACUCCUGCUUGAUGAUCUGGAAUAUGAAACCACAGAUGAGAGCAUACCGCUUUGUAGGUCACAAGGAUGCUGUCAUGUCAGUACAGUUUUCACCAUCUGGUCAUCUUGUAGCAUCUGCCUCCAGAGACAAGACAGUUCGACUUUGGGUCCCUAGUGUGAAAGGUGAAUCAACAGUGUUCAAAGCUCACACAGGGACAGUCCGAAGCGUCCACUUCUCCAGUGAUGGCCAGUCUCUUGUAACAGCCUCUGAUGACAAAACAGUUAAAGUAUGGACAGUCCACAGACAGAAAUUUCUCUUCUCGCUAAACCAGCAUAUUAACUGGGUGCGUUGUGCAAAGUUUUCUCCUGAUGGACGGCUCAUUGUGUCUGCUAGUGAUGACAAAACUAUCAAGCUCUGGGAUAAAGCAAGUCGAGAAUGCAUCUACUCAUUUUGUGAACACGGCGGGUUUGUGAAUUAUGUUGAUUUCCACCCCAGUGGUACUUGCAUAGCAGCCGCAGGAACUGACAAUACCGUGAAAGUGUGGGACAUCCGCAUGAAUAAACUCCUUCAGCACUAUCAAGUACAUAAUGCUGUGGUGAACUGCCUUUCCUUUCAUCCUUCCGGAAACUAUCUAAUAACAGCAUCAAAUGACUCUACUCUUAAAAUUCUAGACCUUUUAGAAGGACGUCUACUGUAUACACUUCACGGACAUCAGGGACCAGCAACAUGUGUGGCCUUUUCAAGAAAUGGACAAUUUUUUGCUUCUGGAGGCUCUGAUGAACAGGUCAUGGUCUGGAAAACCAACUUUGAUGCUGCUGAUUAUAGAGACCUGUUGCGAAACAAGGAUCAUGCUACCAGUGUUAAUGGUUCAGGUCCGACAUCUGAUGAUCCAUCUCUACAACACGGUUCUGCCAAGUCUCACCAUGAAGAGGGUAUGGGGAAACAUGCCAGCAAGACAAGUAGAGCUGAAGUCAUGGAGGUUCCUGAAAGUCAUUUUGAUGAACCUGCAAGGAGGGGGAAGUUAAGCAAAACCCAGAAAACAAAAUGUAUCCAUGAGGACAGAAGUAACCAGCAGCAACCUGAGGUCACAUUCCCCCCAGCCGUGACGAAUGCCCUGGAACACAUAGUGAGCCAGCUUGAUGUUCUCACUCAGACCGUGGCCAUUCUUGAGCAUCGAUUGUCUUUGACGGAAGACAAACUGAGGGAUUGCCUGGAUAACCAGCAGAAGAUUACACUUCUUGUGAGCUCACGUGACUGAUGAAACUUUAUUGCAAGAGAGACACCAGAGGGGCUGUUUGUUGGUGCUAUGAACGUCUGUCACUGUACUAUAUGCUUCAACAUUACUCCUGCUGUUAAGUCUCAGAAGAUUCAGAAACACCUCUUUGAUAUUGUUUCUCUUGUUAAAUAGGUUGCACAUCAAAAAAUGAAGAUGCAAAGGAGGAAAAAAAGGGUUUUGUACACCUCAGGGUUUUCUAGAUAAGCAUACUUUUGGUUUCUAUCAACAGCACCUUUUAAAUAUUAAGAACAUUCCACUAUGAAAAUCUUCAAGUUUUCUGGACCACCUGUGUGUGCAUGUGCGCUACCUCAGAGAGUCCCCCCCCAGCAUGGAGUUUCUGUAUCAUCUAACCAUCCACUGCAUAAUAUAAGUCCUGAAAGAUUGUCAGCAUCUGAAAUAAUCUCAGCUCUCUGCAUAGGAGACUGGUAGAACUGGAUGUCACCUGUGCAGCCAUGUGGGAGUUUUGUGCCGUCUUUCACAAAGCACGUUAGGAGCUGUAGUCUCCUAUAGAUAAUGUCUGUAUCUGCUUCUUAUGGCUGUUCAGUGAUCUGCUCACUUUAGAUAAAAAUAUCAAAUAGCUUUUACUGUGUUGUAAUCAGGGUCAUGUGAUCCGUACUUCCCCAGUGGUGGCAAAUAUGCCUUAUUUUUUCAGUUAUAAUUUACUUACAGAUUCGUAUUGUUUGUAUAGUUGACAUUUCAAGUAAUAAGCUAACCUAAGUCCUAAAACCAUACUCCUUGCACAGUCGGUGUGUAUGAAUUGAAAACUAAAAUAAAAAUCCCAUAAAAGGAAACACAAGCAGAAUGCACUUGAGCGCUUUUGCCUAACAGAUGAAAAUGCAAAGUCUUUCUUAAUUGUGGUUCCUUUUGCUGUGUAGCUACCCUACCAAUUAACACAGCAUACUUCUCAACAAAUGUUGCUGCAGAACAAAGAGAGAUUUUAAAUUUAUUUGUAGAAUUUGUUACCAUUCUGUAUUUUAACUCAAAUGCUGUUCAUACUUUUGCUAGCUUCAAGGUUUCUAAAGCAAAAUUGGUAUAGUAAUUUGUGAAAUGUUGCACAAAUUUUUAAUAGAGUAUAAUCCACCCUGGUGUGGAGCAUAGGCUUCAGACAGCGUUAAUACUGGUCCAGUGUUUCAUUAGAAAAGGGCUAAAAUAAAAAGUUAGAUUUUACCUGUA